CCUAGAAAAAUCUCCACCCUUAUUCAACAUCACAUUUACGUUUACUCCUCUCGGUUUCCUUCUCCCUCUCCGAAUCUUCCAGUGUUUACGCCUGAAUCAAUACCGCUGCAUUUCUCCAUCGCCAUCCAUUGCCUGCUUGUGUCUCUUCUCCUAUUCAGCCCCUCAUUAUCCACCCUCCUUUGAAGAUAUAUUUAAAAGCUUAGAGCUUGAAGCUUCACACCCAUUGCCGUUUCAAGCUACAUAAGGAUACCUGAAAACAUGGGAAAGAAGAAAUUCUUUGAUAAGAAAAAAUCAGCCACAUUCCAGCUCAUGGCCAGGGACACAUCUGAUCCGAAUUACUCAACAUCGGACCCAAUGGGUGAUCGUGUUUUUGUACGUGUAGACAACAAUGAGUAUGUACCUACCACAAUGGAAGACUCUGCUGAUCCUGACUCGAUUUAUGCUGAUGCCCCUGAUGAUUAUGAUGAUGAGGAUCCAUAUGGUAGCUCUGGAGAAGUGGUUGACCAUAAAUCUAAAUCUACGGGCUUGCCUGAUCAUAUACGAAGGGAGAUUCUGGAGCUAGGGUUUCCAGAUGAUGGGUACAAUUAUCUGGCCCAUAUGCGGGAGAUAAAGAACACAGGCGGUGGUUCAACAUAUUUUAAUAAUCCCAAGGCUGAUGUCCAUCAGCUUCCGCAAGACGUUAAGGCCUAUGAUGCUUCAAGGGUUGAGGUUUCCAAUGUGAGUGAUACUGUUGAGAAAUCUAUUUACAGUGUGGCAGCAAAGACUGUUGAUGUGAGAUUACAUAAAGCGUUGGAUCCUGAAAUUGCGGCAUUGCUGGAUGAUCGUAACUCUUCAGACUUUGGGUCUGAUGUUGAGGACUUAGAAGAGGAUUUUGUUGUCAAAGCAAAUCUUUUCGAAGGAAGUGUAGGUCAAGAAGUUGAUGAGAAGUUUAUUGGUGAAGAACUUGAUGAGAAGUUGAGUUUUACUUCAGGCUCAAGGUUUAAUCAUCCAGGGGUUCAAGACACCAUUGUAUCUGGCUCAACAGAGAAUAGGUCUUCCUCAUACUUAGAUAAUGAGAGGCCUAGAGUUCGUCGUCCACUUGAUGAGCAGUUUGAUAUGCUUGAGCUCCAAGAAUAUGGUUCUGACAACGAAGAAGAAUUUAUGGGGUACAUGGAUGAGGAAGAUUGCCAAGAGUCCCUUAAAGAAAAGCUGAGCAAUGCUCUUGAGGGCCAUCCAUCAAAUGUCUUGCAUCAUAACAAUGAAGGACUUGAUGAUGAGCCCCCUGAAUUAACUGCUGAAGUGAUUCGCCGAUGCAGAGAAUAUGCUGAGAAGUUUGAAGAUCAGGAUGAUCAAGAAGUAGUGCUGGUUGAAGAGAGCAGCGAUGAAGCAGAAGCUUGGGACUGUGAGACUAUCGUAACUACUUAUUCAACACUCGACAAUCACCCUGCUAAAAUAGGAGCUCCAGAAGGGAGGAGGAAGAAGAAGAUUGCUGAGGCAUUAUCUGGAUCUGCUACUGGCACCAGCCAAGUUAUAACACUUAGAGGGAGAGAGAGACUUCCCGUAGACUUUUUGCCUGCUAAUAGAAAAAGAGUUGAAGAGAAGACAAAAGAUGAGAAAGAUGUGAAUAACAAGAAAAGUGAUCUACAUAAAAAGAAGCCACGUGCUCAAGAGUCGAAGGAGGAAAAGAAAGAGAGGAAGUCUGCUGUUAAAUUAGAACGACGCGAGGCACGGCAAUUGAAAAAGGAAACAAAAGAGGUUUAUAAGUUUGAGUCUCAUCGUGCUCAAAAAGUUGCAGCUUUCACUGGACCUUCAUCUAUUCAUCUCAUGUAACUUUCAGAGACAGUUCUAAAUUGCAAGGUCGCUACAAAGACAAUAUCAGAUAGUCCUUACCCGUCUUAGGCGGCUGGCUGGAGUUGGAUAAUGAGAAGUGUCAACUUAGAUAUUGUUCAUCUAAAUUAUGAUUCUAAUGCACUCUACAGCUGGUUGUUGUGGCUUUGUAAACUGUUUUGUUUGGCGAUUGGAUAUCGACAAGGGAUCGCUAUUACUCAUUAUAUUUUAAUAGAGAUACAAAGUUUGCAAUA